GGAUCCGCGCUUGCAAAUCGUAGCGUGUGGACGGCCUUAAUACACGUCUGUCACCUCACGCGCAGUGAAAUUCUACAUUUUUCCUCCCGGAUCCUUACGCAACGAGUUCGAUAGUUUGCUUAUAUUCGGCGGUUCCGAUUUAUCUUGCAAAAACCUCCAAAAUGGCCGGCGGUGGUGAUGAAAGCAAACUUACCGGACUCUCCCGCUACUUCAACGGGGAGACCAUGCGAGGCCGAGCGAAUGUUGCCAAGGCCACCUAUGCAUCGAUCGGCCUGCUGAUCUUGUAUUUUUCACUGAAACCCAGCAAGAAGUAGACAGUGUUCCGAUGGUUGCAGCAAGCGCUCUGUGAGGCCAACGCAGUGGAAAUACAUGACGCUGAGUAAAAUCUA